CUGGCUGCAGGACAACUCUGGUGCCAACACCAUCCUGCUGGGCACACACUGGGGGAAUCUCCUUGCCCUUCCCUGUGGCACAGAGGCAAAUCUCAUCCUCUCCUUGUCCUACCUCCCCCAGACAAGGAGCCGAGGAUGGAGACCAAUGAGGACAAAUCCCCAUGGCAGAACCUCGUGGAAGAGGCCAUUUUGAGCAGCUCCACAGCAGGGGAAUCUAAUGGGGAGGAAAAGCCCUGGAGAUCCCACAUGAGGAGGGGCUGCAAACACAGAUCACGGGGAUCCGAGGAGGAAAGACCCAACCUGGGCCAGGGAGGCAGCCAGAGCUCGGAGCUAGGGGUCCACGAGCAGCUUCAUGAUGGAGAGAAAUCCCACAAGUGCUCAGAGUGUGGGAAGAGCUUCAGCCAGAAAUGCAACCUGAUGCGCCACUGGAGAAUCCACACUGGAGAACGGCCCUACGAGUGUGAUAAAUGCAGGAAGACGUUUCAGAUGAGUUCCUGUCUUGUCAGGCAUCAGCAGAGUCACACAGAGGAGAAGCCUUUCCACUGCCCCAGCUGUGCGAAAACCUUCAGGAACAACUCCGGCCUGGUCACCCACCUGCGCAUCCACACUGGGGAGAGGCCCUAUGAGUGUCCCGAGUGUGGGAAGAGCUUCACCCAGAACUCCACUCUGACUGCCCACCUGAGGAGCCACACAGGGGAACGGCCCUACGAGUGUGCAGAGUGUGGGAAGGGCUUCAGGACGAGCUCUGAAUUGACCAUCCACCAGAGAAGCCACACUGGGGAACGGCCCUAUGUGUGUUCUGAGUGUGGGCAGAGCUUCCAGAAGAGCUGCCACCUGACCCGCCACUUGGCAAUCCAUACAGGGCAGCAGCCCUUCAAGUGUGGGCAGUGUGGGAAGAGCUUGAGGUCGAGGUCUGAACUGAUUGUCCACCAGAGGAGCCACACGGGGGAACGGCCCUACGAGUGUGGGCAGUGUGGGAAGAGCUUCAUGUCAAAGUCCCACCUGAUCUACCACCAGAGGAGCCACACUGGGGAGAGGCCCUACGAGUGUGAUAAAUGCAAGAAGACGUUUCAGACCAGCUCCAGUCUCAUUCUGCACCAGCAGCUUCACACAGAUGAGAGGCCCUUCCGCUGCCCCGACUGCGGGAAGGGCUUCACCCGCAACUGCAAUCUCGUCACCCACCGGCGCAUCCACACUGGGGAGAGGCCCUACAGGUGUCCUGAGUGUGGGAAGAGCUUCUCACAGAGUGGUUACUUGACCAGACACCAAGAGAGCCAGCACUAAAGGAAGUCCUAUGAGUGCCCCAGUGCAGAAAGAGCUUUGUGUGCUGCUCCAGCUCCAUCCCCCACAGGAGGAUCCAUGCUGGAUGAUCCCCAGUGAGCCCUGGUGGGCAGAGCCCCGGUGAUCCGUGGUGUCGGUGAUCUGUGGUGGGAAGACGCCUGCCUUGGGGCUUCACAUCCUCCUGGCUCCCCAUGGGCACCUGCGCACAUCCACAGGCCAACAUCGGAAAUCCAUUGUGGAGAGCUGAUUUGUUUACUUCUGACCCCAGAAAAAUAUCUUUUUGCAUCUUCUGGUGGCAUAGCAAAACUGGAUAGCCUUAGAGGUCUUCUUCCAACAUAAAUCCAUUAUUUUAAUUUUCUCUGGCCCACGGGCAUCUUCUAUGGCCAAAUGGGGAUGGACUGUGGUAAAACUUCUGAUUUUUGAGACGUGUGGAAACACCUCCAAAAAAAGAUUCUUCCCACCCACUCAAGCACAUGGAUGCUCUGCUGGCAGGGACACAGAAAUAAUUUUGUUUUAGCCUUGAAAUGGUUUUUGUUCAUCCCUUUGAAAGCCCUGAAACCAGGGUAAAAAUAAAGACAUUGAACU